AUGUUUUCGGCGGAGUUUUGGACGAUGGGAUUGUGUUGGACAGCGUCGCUUCUGGCUUCCUACUGGCAGUUGUUCCCCAUAGGGAUUGCUGGGAGGUGCGACGUUUAUCCACGUAGUGAAACUCCGAGAAAUUUCCGUACCAGGCUUGUUUGCAUUGUUACAGGGACAACGUCGGGUCUUGGUGCUGCUGCUGCUUUUGCCUUGUCAAAAGAAGGGUUUUGUGUUGUUCUUGUUGGACUAUCAUCAGAAUUAUUAUCCAAGUUUUUAGUUGGUCUUGUUGUGUGGCAGGCAAUGGAGGAUAUAAGAGAACAGAACAAGGAUGCCCAUCUCAAGGGUUUUGUGGUGGACUUGUCAUCUUUUCGCUCCAUCUUGGAGUUCAAAAGCUCUUUAGAGAAGUGGCUAAUGGAUUCGGAUAUGCAUUCUUCCAUCCAGUUACUGAUAAACAAUGAGGGGAUUCUGGCAACAUCGGCUCGGCCCACUGCUGAAGGCUAUGAUCAGAUGAUGGGUACUAAUUAUCUUGGUGCCUUCUUUUUAACUAAACUUCUACUACCCCUUCUCAAAACUAGCCCUGUUGGUUCACGUAUAGUGAAUGUGACAUCAUUUACUCAUCGAGCAGGUAUGAACUCUUGUUAUCCAUUAGUCUUUGGUGCACAGAUUAAUGAAGACAUUGUUACCGGGAAAUGCUUCUUCAGAUCAAAAGAAUACCCAUGUGCUCGUAUCUAUCAGUACUCAAAAUUGUGCCUCCUUCUAUUCACCUAUGAGCUUCACCGGCAGCUUAAUUUGGACAACAAGCCUGGUCAAGUCUCUGUCCUUUCUGCCCAUCCAGGAAUGGUCAAAACCAACAUCAUGCAGGAAGUUCCUUUUUCCCUUUCCAGCAUUGCGUAUCUGGUGUUCAGAGUACUGGGACUUCUACAGUCACCGGAGAAUGGGAUUAACUCCAUCCUCGAUGCCGCUUUGGCCCCAUCACACGUGUCUGGAGCUUACUUCUUUGCUGGAGAUGGCAGAACUUUGAGGUCUUACAUGCUUUCUUACGACACCAGACUCGCAGAAAAGCUCUGGAACAUCUCGUGCAAUCUGCUCUUGGACUUAAAACUUGCUUCCCAAGCCACCUCUUCUUCAAGUUAUUGUUGUACAUCACCAGCAGAGGGACCUGCAUAG